AUGUCUUGGAUCUUGAACCCAGACGGUGAUGCUCCCAAGCCACCAGCAGAGGAUAAUAUGGUGCAGGACCCAUCAGACCCUACCAGAAAGGUAACCAAGAAAGCCGCCAAUCAGCCGUUCUUGGCCCAUAAGCAAUAUAAAGAGAAGCAGGAACAGGAGCACCAAGCGUGGCUUCAAAGAAAUCAUGAGCGCGAGGAGAAACUCGCCAGGGGAGAAGAAGUCGGUCCUGCGGAGGAGGACCCCACUGCCGAGCAGGAAGUAGGGUUCCUUGGGUUGCUGAAGUUCAUUGUAUAUUUGAUUCUCAUCAUUGUCAUUGCGGGCAAGUUCUUCACUGGCAGCUUCCUGUGGGAAUACGAUGGAAAGUGGGCGCGAUUAAAGACAUAUUGGCCAAGUAGCGGACGCCUCUUCUCGGAAACAUAUUUGGCAACAUUUGAUGGGAGUGACCCAACAAAACCCCUGUAUCUCGCGGUCGAUGGUGACGUAUUUGAUGUUUCGAGUAAUAGCAGGACGUAUGGUCCAGGAGGUCCUUACCACCAUAUGGUCGGAGUGGACGCAGCCAGAUCAUUUGGUACCGGAUGUUUUGCCACUCACCGGACACAUGACCUACGAGGUCUGACUGACAACGAGCUCAGGGGCGUCCAGCACUGGAAGAAGUUCUUUGCGGAGCAUAAAACAUACUAUAAAGUUGGCAAAGUCUUGCACCACCCGAUUGAUCCCAAAAGUCCGAUACCUGAACAUUGUGAUCCAAAGAAAGAGCAGAAGAGUCAUCCAACAACCGGGAAUUCUAACCCGAUGUCCCAUUCUAAGGGUAAUUCGGAGACGCCAAUCCGCGAGGAGUUAUAG